UGUCUUUUUGUUGCAGUGAAGCUGCUGGCUGGCUGCAGAGGACUUGACUCAAGACUUUGGUCGUGAGAGCUUUAUAUCGUAUUGUCUGUUUUGACACUGAACAACUGUGAUCACCACUGACCUGAACAUCGUGAGUGUGCUGACCAGUGGAUUAGCAUUUUGUGGUGGUCCAAACCCCACCUGUCACGGUGGUGAACAUGAAGGAAGAAUCUCCGUUCAUGAAUCUCUUGGAUGGAGAUUUUUCAUCACCAUCCAGAAAAACUGGUUCCAGGCUGUCCAUCUCCACCAUUGUAGAUGCUAUGUGUUGCUUAGGCCCCAUGGCCGAAGAAACCCUGGGACUCAUAGAAAAAAAUAGGCUUAAUGAUGCCCCGACAAAAAUCAAUGUGAUCAGCGGGAGAAAACGUGGUAACAUCCUAGGAGAAAUAUGGCAUGUCCCAAAGACCCACUCUCCCAAGAAUCCUACAGGUCCUCCCACUGCCCGUUCUACCCUAAGGAGGGCAAGGAGUGAACCCGCCAUGCCCACAUUCGUGGCAUCUGAAGACACCAAAGGGCAGGAGAUAAAUAAAGUGGCAGAAAGCAAGAGCUCCUCUAGGUCCAGCUCUCCAGAUUUGUACAAGCUGCUGGACAUGAGCUGGCCUUGGAAUUCUGCCCCACGGUUUUCUCCUGUGUCUGCCUACAUCAAGAAUAAAACAACAGAGGUCACAGACAGCACUGCCUCAUCUGAUGACAGUGACACAUCUGAGGAUUACCUCUCCUGCCUGACAGACACCAGUGCUUAUGAUGCUGACAAGGCGGAGACCGAGGAGACGAGCAGUGACACCAUGCUCAGUGUCAUAUCCCUCAAUGGGCUGUGGUUCCAGGAAGACACCUGUGGCACAGGGAUGCCAGGAUCACAUCAAGAUGCUAAUGAGGCUGAGAGUGAGGAGACGGGCAGUGACACCAUGCUCAGCAUCACACUCCUCGAAGGGCUCUGGUUCAGGGCAGACAGCAGCACAGGGAGGCCAGGACCACAGCAGGGUGCUGAGGUCCCUGCUAGCAUCAGCACAUCUGGAGUCCUGAAGAAAACUGAUGCACAAUGCAGUGAGAGAGCACAUGAUACAAUCGACAUCCUGGAUGCUCCCCAGAGUGAGAACACUGGAUAUGAAAAUGACAACGAAAUACAAGUUGAAGAGUCACCACCAAUAUCUAGUAAGGACCAGUCCCAGGAGGUAGCCACGGCCUCCAAGAAGAAACACAGAAGGGGCUGGAGAAGGGUGAGGAGGCAAAUUCAUCAUCUGUUUUCCAGCUUAUUCUGUUGCCUCCUCACCCCAAAGACAGAAGAUACAGUCCCCAGGUCUGAAGAACAGGCCUGGGCCCAUGGUUCUUAAGCCAUGGGACUCAGUUCGGCCUGGUGUGGCCUACCAGCCACAGGAGGGAGCCAGGCCAGAACCUGACAGAGCUGUGAACCCCACAUAUGGUGUUCCCUACCAGAUACCUCCAGCAAUCUGGACACAAGCUCUCUACCCUCCUCCUUUCCCUGCAGUGGGAGCUGUUAGCCCCUACAACUCAUUCUCACAGCUGUCCCAGAACUAUUGCAGGACAGAGAAGUCAGCCACAUGGCCACCUUGUUUUAAAGAGUCAACGGUCCAGCUUCUGCAAUCAUGUUAUUCAACUUCGUGUUCCACAUGACUUGA